CGAAUAUCCAUUCCAAACUGUGCGAGCGUGCAAGUAGGAAACAUUACCCAACUCCCACCACUGCAAAAACCCUAAGUCAAGAUGGUUAAUGAAAACAAAUCUCUGGUUGAGGCUCUGCAGUCCGCAGACGCUGAUGGUCGCGUCACCGUCGGUGUCUAUGAGUGCGCAAAAAUAAUGACUGAUGAUCCUGACAGCGUGUCGUUCUGCGUCCUGGCCAUGGAUGAAGAGUUCGAGUGCGAUAUCGCGCUUCAAAUCCACUUCACUCUCAUCCAAGCUUUCUGCUUCGAUAACGACAUCAGCAUCGUGAGAGUGAACGACGUACAACGUCUAGCUGAGAUUGUCAGCGCUAAAGAUGAAACUGAGGACUGUCACUGCCUCCUGAUCACGAGUCCAGCUGAUGGUUCGUGGGAAGAUCCAGCUCUGGAGAAGCUGCACAUGUUCUGCGAAGAAAGCCGUCGCUCCAACGACUGGCUUCCAGAGAUCACUCUGCCAGCUCGCUGAUCUGUUGACGGGAAUCUUCUCACUCGAGAGGCUUUUAACCCCUAAUGGAAAUACAUCCAUUCUUUAAAUAAAGGAUGAUGAUGGAUCUUCUCAUCCCUGGAUGCUUCUGAGGAGGCUCUGAUGCAGUCCAGGCAGCGCGGGGUAUGCAGGCCCGAAGUGGCCUUUCGCCCCACGGAUCCGUCGCUUCUCGUCCCGUCCAUGCCAAGAUGGUCCUCCUUCUUUAUGUGAACGAGGCCGGGCAUGCCACGAGAGCGACCCAGCGGCCCUCAUUCUUUGUGCGGAUGAGGUUUGGAGAGGAAGGAGAAAGCGAGUUUGUGUUCCCACAGCAGCACAAAUUUCGCAUUAAGCGUUAGACACGCGGAGGACGCGGUGGUGCGUCGUAGCGACGUUUUGAGAAAAAUGGACUUUAACACCAGGGACAUUUUUUUUUGGUUUCAAAACGUAUUUGCCGCACAGUAUAACGUACCUUAUUGUCGGCAAAGUGCUUCUUUCCACUUUCCAGAAUUGUCUUAUUCUCUAAAGGUUUAACUUUAGAAAUAAUUAAUAUGAGAAAAAGAAACAAAGUCUAAAGGUUUCACUUUAGAAAAACAAAACAAGAAAAAAAAUUAAUUAAAUAUUAGUAAAACGAGUUUAGAAACUGAAAACUGAAACCUUCC